CUGUGAGUGUGUCAACUCCAUCAAGAUGAUUUUCGGCGGCUGCACACGUAAACAAGUGCUCACAAUGGGUGCCUUGGCUGCUGGCGUUGUCCUGGCGAUCGUUGCCAUCGUCGUGUUCAACAGCCAGGCGGAGCCCAAGCUGCCGCCCUGGGUGCGACCCAACAGAUUGCACAAGUGCCUCAAAUCGCGGCCAAACACAACAGAGUCGACACUCGAGCUGGUGCAUAUUGUGUUCCGUCACGGCAUACGCACGCCUGUCGACACCUAUCCCAACGAUCCUUACCUCAAGGACAGCUUCAAGCCCACCGGCUGGGGGCAUGUGACCAAUCGCGGCAAGAAAGAGCUCUACGACAUGGGCCGCUGGCUGCAUCGACGCUACGGCGACUUUAUGGGUCCCUUUUACAGACCCGACCGCCUGCACGCUCAGGCAACGGCUUCGCCGCGUGCCAUGAUGUCGCUGCAGACGACGCUGGCCAGCAUGUUUGAGCCGCGCGGCACGCCCAUGGAGUGGAGCAAGCAGCUCAACUGGCAGCCCAUACCCAUAGUCUCAGAGCCGCUGGAUCAGGAUUCGCUGCUGCUGGUUCGCACGCCCUGUCCGCGCUACUUCGAGGCACGGGACGAGGUGUUCCGGCUGCCCGAGGUGAUUGCGCAGCAGGCGCCGUAUGCAGACAUGUUGCGGGAGCUGAGCAAUCUGACGGGCAUGGAGAUGCGCAAUGCGGAGGAUGUGAACUCCUUGUACAUAACUCUGCUAGCCGAGCAGGAGUUUGGCUACAAGCUGCCCGACUGGGCCAAGGACUACUUUCCCGAGCGCAUGCAAUUCCUGGCCGAGCAGAGCUACAUCUACAAUGCGUACACGCCCGAGAUGCAGAAGAUCAAGGGCGGCCCCUUCCUGCGCAAGAUGUACGACGAGAUGCUGGCCAAGCAGGCGGGCACGCUGAAGCCCAAGGACCGCGGCAUGUUCAUCUACACGGGCCACGACUGGACUGUGGGCAACAUACUCUCCGCCCUGGGUCUCUGGAAGCGCCAAAUGCCGCGCUUCGCCGUGAUGGCCAUCUUUGAGACGCAUCGCAAUGUCAAGACGGGCGAAUACUAUGUGGAGAUCUUCUUGCGCAACGAUGAAUUCGGCUGCCUGGAGCAGCUGAAGCUGGCCGACUGCGCGCUGCAGUGCCCACUGAGCCGCCUCGUCGAGCUGAGCGAAGCGGUGUUGCCCAACGAGCCCAUGGAACAGCGCUGUCGCGCUCGUAACGCCGAUUUUGUGGAACCGCCGCCACGCAAAAUCGAUCAGUAAUCAAUUUGAUGAAACCGCAACGUAAUGUGCUCAGUAUACAGUAUUAGAUGGAGACAGCUGGUCACAGAAUCAGCGAUAAAAAAAUAAUA